AUGCCUCAAAAGGCCUGCCGCUCACCACCCCUACACCUUGAACCACACCCAACAACCCCAUCAAACCACAUCCGAACAUCCAAUCUGCCUCAUUGGGUAGCAGAACACCUCCAAACUUCACCACAAUGCCCUUAUGCUCAAAUUGGUGCAGAUCUACCUUGA